CGAGAGUGCGCGCGCGCGCGUGUGAAUUCAAACUUUGUCGGACGGAUAACGGAUAACGACCUGGACCUGGGGUACCUGCUGGUGGAGAAGAUCGAACGGGAAAGUUCAUGGCUUCACUUUGGUUGGCGUGAAAGGGAAAUGUGAUUUUUUUUUGGUUUUGAAAAGGUCAUAAAGUGAGAUUUCAAAUCAAGUUCUUGGGAGUGCCGGUUUGAACACGUAGAUUAGAAGGUGGUGAGCAGGCAGUUUUUUUUUCCCGAAGAAAAAGAUUGUGUCUUAGAGGAGGAUAAUAAUGUGUUGAGCGGAAAACCCUACAGAGAAGACGUGAAGUGCGGAUAGUUUGAUGAACAUCUCCAAAAGGAUUUCUAGCCUUGAUGAUCCAGGAUGCUGACGACGGUAGCGCUCAUACUGGUCACGUCCAUACUGCGGACGGCCGCCCAAAAUCCCUUCCCAAAUGACCCGGCAGCGAAGCCGGAUCGAACGAUUCUUCUGCCGACCGUUCCACCGGAUGAGUUAUUCACCGUGAUAAAUGCGCAGUCUCCAGCACCUACGAUGGGACCACUUUUGAUGGAUGGCGUUCACUAUGAACAUUCGAUACCGCUGGGUCCUCACAGCAACUACUACGUGUACUACUCGGACAAUGUUCGGAAUUCACAUCAGCAGCAGCAGCAACAGCAGCAGCAGCAACAGCAGCAGCAACAGCAACAGCAGCAGCAGCAACAACAGCAACAACAGCAGCAGCAACAGCAGCAGCAGCAACAGCAGCAGCAGCAGCAGCAGCAGCAACAGCAGCAGCAGCAGCAACAGCAGCAACAGCAACAGCAGCAACAACAGCAGCAGCAACAGCAACAGCAGCAGCAACAGCAGCAGCAGCAGCAACAGCAGCAACAGCAGCAGCAGCAACAGCAGCAACAACAUCAACUUUUUUAUCAGCCUCUCGUUGGUUACUCCAACGAACAGUCUAGUCAGAUAAUGUUUAACCCCAACUCCAUACCGGUGCAGCUAGUGACGCUAGUGCAACCGACGAUCGAAGCCCCGGUCCAACAGGAGAAUGCUACUGCUGCGCGACAACCCUCGCCGUAUGUGAAUAUAAACGAGGAGGGCAUCCACAAGCUGGUGACAUCCACGCAGAACCUGGUAACGAACGAAGAUGUCGUGAGUAUCAACAAUGCCGAGGAAGAGGAGCCACCGUCGGAGAACGUUCAAGCGGAUAAGAAGGAACAGAAAGCAUCGGACAGCGAACCGAGUGAGAGUUCCAAGAAGGAACACAGACUCAAGGAUAAUUUAGCUGUCCCGUCCUUCGACAAUCCGAUCAUCGUGGGAGAUAUGCCUGAGGGAGCUCAAAGAAACCAUCGGUCGGGUGGUAAAUCAGAUAAUUUCUACAAACAGAUCAAUGUGGAAAUUCUCGGAGAAGCUGACGAUCACAACAAGGGACAGUUCUUGAAGGAGACUACCUAUCGAACCAAUCAGGUGACUUCAGAGCCGUGUGACGAUGAUGUGAAGUAUGGUCCGGUUGAGAUCAAGCAUGAAGUCACCACGAUUCGACCGAUUACUAUAUCCACCAAGGCUCGCGGAUCGACCGCAACGAGGUUGAGUACACGUUUUCGAACGACUUCAGCCAGCGUCCCUUCGUCAACUGCACGCUACACCGCCAAAGAACCAAUCACUGUAACUGCAAAACCUGUUCCACAAAAGUACUUGGCCCCAAUUCAGGCAGGACUACGGCUCUCUAACUCUGGUAAGAACAUUGAUGACUGCGUUGACGAGAAAGGUUCCAAGACUAUCGUCGAGGUUCAGAAGAGCGUCAACAUCAAGAAUCUCCUGAUUGGCCCAGAGCCAUCUCAACCACAACGACAGCGUGAGUUUGGUGCAAGAACCACAAUAGUUCAGCAACCAAUCAUCGUCGAGAAGCCCGUUGAUCGGAUUGUCAAACAGAACAUCUACAUCGAGAAACCAGUUGAUCGCUAUGUUCCACAACCAGUUUACAUCGAGAAACCAGUCCCGCAACCGGUUGAUCGAAUUGUAGAAAAGCAAGUCCCCGUACCUUAUCCAGUGGAAAAGAUCGUUGAGAAACAUGUUCCAACACCUGUCCACGUCCCGUACCCCGUCGAGAAACAGGUUCCAGUUCAUCAUUACGUCGAUCGUCCCGUUCCUCAUCAUGUACCGUUUCCCGUUACAGUGGAAAAGAUAGUCGAGAAGCCUGUUACUGUUGAAAAGGUCGUCACUAAAGAAGUCCAGGUGCCCUACCCGGUGACACAGAUCGUCGAAAAAUUUGUUGAUCGCCCUUUCCCGGUAGAAAAGGUCGUCACCAAAGAGGUUCAGGUUCCCUAUCCCGUUACCCAUAUUGUUAAUCGGCCUUACCCGGUUGAAGUGCAGGUAGAGAAGAUCGUCGAAAAGAUCGUUGAUCGCCCCGUGGAAACGGUUGUCGAGAAACACGUUGAAGUUCCCGUACCCGUAACGGUCGAAAAGGUCGUCGAAAAAUUCAUAGAUCGUCCGGUUCCCUAUCCAGUUCAAGUCCCUGUCGAAGUCCAGGUCCAGGUCCCCGUUCACUACCCGGUAGAAGUCCCAGUAGGUGUCCCCAUUCCGUACCCCGUCGAAAAACUCAUCCCUGUUACCGUCCAUGAACCCAAACCAACGCACGCCAUCAUCAAAACCACGCACCACGAAAAACUCUUUGACUUUCACAAAUUCUUCGGUGGGAAAAAGAAACAUUACACGGAGCACUAUAUCCUAAAAGCACCGCCACUACCUAAGCCUCCAGUUGUUGAAGCCCCUGGGAAGCAUUACUACUUCCACAGCCAAUACCCCAAGAACGAUCUUCACUUUGGAGCAUCGAUCGCUUCACCGUCCUACGUGGACGUCGGCCAGAUCAACGUCCUUCCGCAUCACUUCCCCGAAAAGCCCAAACAUAUCUACGGUGUCCCACUGACCGGAGAUGUCUACAACGGUAAAUCAUCGUACCAUUUCAACCCUUAUCUGCCCUACCCGCUAAUCGAUCAAUCGCACUUUGUAGGCAAAUUUACCUACCAAGCAGCUCCGCUACCGCCACAGCAUCAUCACUACCACCAGCCACCGCAGCCUCAGCUUCUGCCCGGAAUCUACAAGGACGACUAUAUUGGGCCUACGCCCCUGCUGGAGGACCACUGGGCUGUCAAGAGUGACGUCAAGUUCCGCCGGAGUCCCGCGUAUGGCAAGAGCCUGCGGAUCGAGUACGGGGGUUUCAAGCCACCGCUAGUGCCAUCGCUGGAGAUCGACGAGAAUGGGAUUCCGCUGAACAAGGAACAUAACGCGAACUGAGAUCGAUUCCGGGAAGGCGAAUCGUGUGCGUAGACUGAAAUAGUUGAUUUUU